UACAGUGCAGUGCUGCUGCUCUCUUCCCCAUAUCCUUACACAGUGGAGUUGACGACCUCCGGAGCCGAAAGUGACCAGCCAAUGAGAAAAAAAGCCACUGCAAAAAACACCAACAUCUAAAACAAAAUUUCAAUGAAUCUCAAUCAAACCAACCAGCAAGCAACAACAACGAAACCCAAACCAUAAAUAGAACUGCCUUCAAUUCUCUUUUCUUCCCUUUUUUUUUUAAUAUCUAAAUUACUCUUCAUUUUCUCUUUUUUUUUUGGCCUUUUUGUUUUCUCUCCUUUCAAAACCCACUUUCCCUUUCCUUUGUUUUUUUUUUUCUACCUAAAGAAGAAAACCCAGAGCUCUCAUGGUGGAAGAGAACGUAGUUUGUGGUUCAAUGAGAUUUUAAGGAAGGAAAUAUGUUUCAAAGGUUAGGAACGAUUUUUGAAGAUUAGUUAACAUGAAGAUCUCUGAGAUUGUGAGGUUUAGUCAGGCUUCUUGUACGUGAAAGGGAAGAUCUUGAAAACGAGUGGCAGCUUUUGAGCGGAAUAUACGCCUGCUUCGAAACGUUUCGGGUUAAGAAACGGUUUUUGGUGAGUCGGGUGUUUUCAUGGGAUCGGAAUAGGAGGGUUAGCUGGGUCGUGUUGGUGACUCGGUUGUAGCUGACCACGAGAAAAUCCUGCUACGAAACGUUUCUUGGCGGGCGUCGUUUCGUUUUUGUUUAUCUUCCUUUCUAUUUUUUAUUACCGCUUUUUUGGGUGUUUUUAGGAAACACUUGUUGAAAAUGUUUUUCCUCAGUCAGAUCGUUUUGUGGUGUUAAAAUCUCUGAUUUCGAAAGAUUUAUGCUUUCUUGUGUUUGGAGCUUGCCUCAAAGUGGACAAAACAAGAAUAGCAACAUCUCCAAUCUGAAUAUCCUUGCCCCUUGUCGGUUUAGCUGUAUCUGUAUCCAUAUCCGUGCAUCUAACAUUCAAAAACCCCAUUAGACCAGACACUAAGGGGGCAAAGGUUUGGAGAUUCAUACAUAAACUGAGCAAUAAUAUCCAUUUCUGGACAAAACCAGUUGCUUCCCUUCCUCAUAGCAGGCUUUGAGAGCUCCAAAAAGUGGUUGGAAUAUUAGUGAAGGAUAUGAGCUACUUGUGUCUUGUUUAGUUAUUGAAAGUUUAUGGUAAAAAAUUCUGGAUUCCCCAUCUGGUGAGGAAGAGGAGCUACUUGGCUUAGGUUAUAUGUUUUUUCGGGUGGAUAUGCAUCUUUGAAGCUUCUCAAGUUGAUUUGGAUUUGAAGAGGAAAUCUACUCGGGUCUGCUUUAGUUUUUCCUUGGUGGGUGUUGUGGGUCUGCGGUUGGAAGUAGUUAUUGUUUCUUUCCUUGCAUGGUUUGAAGCUCCGCAAAGACCCACGAAAAUAUAAUUGUGGUUUUACAGAAGUGGUUUUGGUGGGUUUCUGUGGAUUUGUUGAGUUGAAACAAGUGAACGAUGGCAAUGUCCUGCAAGGAUGGUAAGCUAGGGAACAUGGAUAAUGGAAAAUAUGUGAGGUACACACCUGAGCAGGUUGAGGCGCUUGAGAGGCUCUACCAUGAGUGUCCGAAACCCAGUUCCAUUCGCCGCCAACAGUUGAUAAGAGAGUGCCCGAUUCUCUCUAACAUAGAGCCAAAGCAGAUCAAAGUUUGGUUCCAGAACAGGAGAUGCAGAGAGAAGCAGAGGAAAGAGGCUUCCCGCCUUCAGGCUGUGAAUAGGAAGCUAACGGCAAUGAACAAGCUGUUGAUGGAGGAGAAUGAUCGGUUGCAGAAGCAGGUGUCUCAACUGGUGUAUGAGAAUGGCUACUUUCGUCAGCAUACCCAGAAUACAACGCUUGCAACCAAAGAUACAAGCUGUGAAUCGGUGGUGACAAGCGGUCAACACCAUUUGACACCUCAGCAUCCGCCGAGGGAUGCUAGUCCUGCAGGGCUUUUGUCCAUUGCAGAAGAGACUUUAGCAGAGUUUCUUUCAAAGGCCACUGGAACUGCUGUGGAGUGGGUCCAAAUGCCUGGAAUGAAGCCUGGUCCGGAUUCCAUUGGAAUCGUUGCUAUUUCUCAUGGUUGCACUGGCGUGGCAGCACGCGCAUGUGGCCUUGUUGGCCUCGAGCCUACGAGGGUUGCAGAAAUCCUCAAGGAUCGUCCCUCCUGGUUUCGUGAUUGCCGAGCUGUGGAUGUUCUCAAUGUGCUGCCUACAGCUAAUGGUGGAACCAUUGAGCUGCUGUACAUGCAGCUCUAUGCACCAACAACAUUGGCACCAGCUCGGGACUUCUGGUUGUUGCGCUAUACAUCCGUUUUAGAAGAUGGCAGUCUCGCGGUUUGUGAGAGGUCGCUAAAAAACACUCAAAAUGGUCCUAGCAUGCCACCUGUGCAACAUUUUGUGAGAGCAGAAAUGCUACCUAGUGGAUACUUGAUACGACCUUGUGAGGGGGGUGGUUCAAUCAUACAUAUUGUUGAUCAUAUGGAUUUGGAGGUAAUAUUUGUAUGUUUGUUUGUUAUUCUUUUUCCACUUUUCCUUCCAAAGAAUGUCCCUCCUGCAAUCCUACUUCGUUUUUUGAGGGAGCACAGGUCUGAAUGGGCAGACAACAACAUUGACGCUUACUCAGCUGCAGCUGUUAAAGUUGGCCCAUAUAGCAUACCGGGGUCUCGAGUUGGAGGGUUUGGGGGCCAGGUUAUACUUCCUCUGGCUCACACCAUUGAACAUGAAGAGUUCUUGGAGGUGAUUAAGUUGGAGGGUGUUGGUCAUUCUCCUGAAGACACGAUUAUUCCUAGAGAUGUGUUUCUCCUGCAGCUCUGUAGUGGAAUGGAUGAGAAUGCUGUUGGCAGCUGUGCUGAACUUAUAUUUGCUCCUAUUGAUGCUUCUUUUGCCGAUGAUGCACCACUUCUACCUUCUGGCUUUCGCAUAAUUCCUCUUGAUUCUGGCAAGGAAACUUCCAGUCCAAAUCGGACCCUGGAUCUUGCUUCUGCCCUUGAGAUUGGGCCUGCUGGAAACAAAGCUUCAAAUGAUUAUUCUGGAAAUUCCAACUGUACAAGAUCCGUGAUGACCAUUGCAUUUGAGUUUGCAUUUGAGAGCCAUAUGCAAGAGCAUGUAGCAUCCAUGGCUCGGCAGUAUGUUCGCAGCAUUAUUUCAUCAGUUCAGAGGGUUGCAUUGGCACUCUCUCCUUCUCAUUUAAGUUCACAUGCUGGUCUCCGAACCCCUCUUGGAACUCCCGAAGCGCAGACACUUGCUCGUUGGAUAUGCCAGAGUUAUAGGUGUUACUUGGGUGUGGAGCUGUUGAAAUCAAGCAAUGAAGGAAGUGAGACAAUCCUCAAAACCCUGUGGCAUCAUUCAGAUGCCAUCAUGUGCUGCUCGCUGAAGGCAUUGCCAGUGUUCACGUUUGCAAACCAGGCGGGGCUUGAUAUGCUUGAGACAACCUUGGUUGCAUUGCAAGACAUAACUCUGGAGAAGAUAUUUGAUGAUCAUGGGAGAAAGACUCUCUGUUCAGAGUUCCCACAGAUAAUGCAACAGGGUUUUGCAUAUUUGCAAGGUGGGAUCUGUUUGUCAAGCAUGGGCAGACCAGUUUCAUACGAGAAGGCAGUGGCUUGGAAGGUGUUAAAUGAAGAGGAGAAUGCUCAUUGCGUAUGCUUUAUGUUUGUGAAUUGGUCGUUUGUGUGACACUUUGUAUCAGAAAGGAGGGAAAUUCAAAAUAUUAUGUUGUAUUUUGUUGGCUUUGUUUGUAUGUUUUGCAUAAGUACAACUAGUAAGUUGUUGUUAUAACAGAGUCUGCAGUCUGUUUCCUCCUAUGUUCCAAGACUACUUUGUGUUGCUUAUGAAAUUUUACUCAAGGAGUAUGGACGUUUGCAGUUAA